CUAGAAAAAUUGCCAGAAGUGACGAAAUUGAAAACCUCAGAUUUCUCAAUCGGCGACGGAGUAACGAAACAAAGAGAAGAAGAAGAUGACGACUCGAAUCGCUCCUGGUGUUGGAGCUAAUCUUCUCGGCCAACACUCCGCUGAGAGGAACCAAGACGCCACUGUUUACGUCGGCAAUCUCGAUGCUCAGCUUUCUGAAGAAUUGCUUUGGGAAUUGUUCGUUCAAGCUGGACCUGUUGUUAAUGUCUAUGUUCCGAAAGAUAGAGUGACAAAUCUUCAUCAGAACUAUGGAUUCAUUGAAUAUCGUAGUGAGGAAGAUGCGGACUAUGCGAUUAAGGUUCUCAACAUGAUUAAGCUCCACGGGAAGCCUAUUCGUGUUAACAAGGCAUCUCAAGAUAAGAAAAGCUUGGAUGUUGGUGCUAACCUUUUCAUUGGAAACCUUGACCCUGAUGUUGAUGAGAAGCUGUUGUAUGAUACUUUCAGUGCAUUUGGUGUGAUUGCUUCUAAUCCUAAGAUAAUGAGAGAUCCCGAUACUGGAAACUCACGAGGUUUUGGUUUCAUCAGCUAUGACUCCUUUGAGGCAUCUGAUGCCGCUAUCGAGGCAAUGACUGGACAAUAUCUCAGUAAUCGUCAAAUAACAGUCUCUUACGCAUACAAGAAAGACACCAAAGGAGAGCGCCAUGGUACUCCAGCAGAGAGGCUUUUGGCAGCCACAAAUCCAACUGCCCAGAAAAGCAGACCCCAUACGCUAUUCGCAAGUGGCCCUCCAUCCAAUGCUCCUCAAGUUAAUGGUCUACCACGUCCGUUUGCUAACGGCAGCAUGCAACCUGUCCCGAUCCCAGCCCCCCGUCAACCACCACCACCACCUCCACAAGUAUAUCAAACUCAGCCACCAUCCUGGCCAUCUCAGCCACAACAACAGGGCUUUGUCCCACCGCCCAUGCAAUUCCGUCCGCCUCAAGGUAUGCCUCCGCCACCACCUCCUCAGUUUCUAAAUCACCAACAAGGUUUCGGUGGUCCGAGGCCGCCGCCACCACCUCAAGCCAUGGGAAUGCACCAACAUGGAGGAUGGCCACCGCAACACAUGCAGCAGCAAGGUGGACCACCACCACAACAACAACCACCACCAUACCAACACCAUCACAUGUCUAUGCCUCCACCACCACCACACCAAGGUUGAUAGUAAUCAUCUCUUCAGUCUUGAACCAAAUCAACUAUUUGUAAACCC